AUGGGUCAGGAAUUGUCGAGUCCUGGUGAGCCAAAAACCGAAGAGAACAAAGGAAAUAAAAAAACAGGAAAAGGAAGCAACGGGAAAAACGAUUCAAAAGAUGGAGGUUCGAGUAUUUCUAAAAAAUUAACACAAAAUAGUUUUAAUAAUAGCAAAUUAAGACCUGGCAUGUUCAUACAAAAUAGUAAUGUAGUAUUUAAUGAACAAUAUAAAGGAAUAAAAAUAUUAGGGAAAGGAUCUUUUGGUGAAGUUAUAUUAAGUAGAGAUAAACAUACAGGACACGAAUAUGCAAUUAAAGUUAUUAGUAAAAAACAUGUAAAAAGAAAAACAGAUAAACAAAGUUUAUUAAGAGAAGUAGAAUUAUUAAAGAUGUUAGAUCAUAUAAAUAUAAUGAAAUUAUAUGAAUUUUUUGAAGAUAAUAAUUAUUACUACUUAGUGUCAGAUGUAUAUUCAGGUGGAGAACUAUUUGAUGAAAUUAUUAGUAGAAAACGAUUCUACGAAAUAGAUGCAGCAAGAAUAAUUAAACAAGUAUUAAGUGGUAUUACAUAUAUGCAUAAAAAUAAUGUUGUUCAUAGGGAUCUAAAACCUGAGAAUAUACUUUUAGAAACAAAAAAUAAAGAAGAUAUGAUUAUUAAAAUAAUCGAUUUUGGUUUAUCAACUCAUUUUGAAUAUAGUAAAAAGAUGAAGGAUAAAAUAGGCACAGCUUAUUAUAUUGCUCCUGAUGUAUUGCACGGUACCUAUGACGAGAAGUGUGAUAUAUGGUCCUGUGGUGUUAUUCUGUACAUACUACUAUCAGGAUGCCCUCCAUUCAACGGUUCGAACGAAUAUGACAUCCUAAAGAAAGUAGAGACCGGGAAAUACACGUUUGAUCUUCCUCAAUUCAAAAAGAUAAGUGAUAAGGCAAAGGAUUUAAUACGAAAAAUGCUAAUGUACACAAGUGCUGUAAGGAUCUCUGCUCGAGAUGCAUUAGAGCAUGAAUGGAUUAAACUAAUGACUAGUAAAGAUAAUGUAAGUAUUGACAUUCCUUCAUUAGAACUGAGUAUAACUAAUAUUCGACAAUUUCAAAGUACACAAAAGUUAGCUCAAGCUGCAUUAUUAUAUAUGGGUUCAAAGCUAACAACUAUUGAUGAAACAAAAGAAUUAACAAAGAUAUUUAAAAAGAUGGACAAAAAUGGAGAUGGCCAACUUGAUAGAAAUGAAUUAAUAAUAGGUUAUAAAGAGUUAUUAAAACUAAAAGGAGAAAACACAAGUGAUUUGGACAGUGCAGCUAUUGAAUAUGAAGUGGAUCAAAUACUUAGUUCUAUAGAUCUAGACCAAAAUGGGUAUAUUGAAUAUUCCGAAUUUCUAACCGUCUCUAUUGAUAGAAAAUUAUUACUAUCUACCGAAAGAUUAGAGAAGGCAUUCAAGCUUUUUGAUAAAGAUGGGUCAGGGAAAAUAUCAGCAAAUGAGUUAGCUCAACUGUUUGGUUUAAGUGAUGUAAGUUCAGACUGCUGGAAGACUGUGCUUAAGGAAGUGGAUCAGAACAAUGACGGGGAAAUUGACUUUAAGGAAUUUAGAGAUAUGCUCGUGAAGCUUUGCAACUACUGA